AUGAGGCCUGCAAUUCGAGAAAAAGAACAAGGGAUGAAGAUGAAGGAGGACGGUAAACCCCCAACGAAGCACAUGCACCCAAGUAUGUACAAAGCCGCCAAAGAAGGCAACUUCACUGCCCUCGAAAACUCGAUGCGGGAACAUGGAAAAGACGAACCCCGACUAGACCUCCUCAAACUAGAGACCCGUAUGGGCAACAAUCUCGUCCACCUCGCGGCGGAGUCGGGCCACGAGGACUUCAUCAAGCAGGUCCUCCGCAAGUGCCCCGAGCUCGUGGCCAAGCCCAACAACUCCUGCCACGAGUUCGCCCAGCUCGUGGACAAGCCCAACAACUCCUGUCGUGGCGCGGACACGCCGCUCCACAUCGCAGCGCGGACACGCCACUUCAAAGUCAUGGACACCAUCCUCUCCGAGGCCAAGCUACGGGAGUUGUUUGGUAGUCUUAUAUAUCUCACUGUUACAUAUUCUGACAUCACUUAUACCGUUCACAUUAUUAGUCAGUACAUGACCGUGCCUUGUACAACUAAUUUUGCUGCAGUUCUUCGAAUUCUUUGCUACGCCAACGUCGAGAUCUCCGAUGACAAGGGCCGGAACGCGGUUCAUCUCGCGCUGAAGUGCCGGCCGAGUCACUCUAAGGCGGUGUUGAGACUGCCCGAGCUGGUGAGGCUGGUGAACAAAGCCAACCGCUAUGGAAACACGCCGUUGCAUGUGGCUGCUGAGGACCUGAACUACGGAAUGGUGAAGAGGUUGCUGAAGAUUCCUGGGGUGGAUCUCGAGGCGAAAAACGCCAAGGGCUGCACGUUUCGGAUGUUUGCGAGUCUCGUUGGCAAUACACCAAGGAGAAGGUAA